UCAAAACCCUAGAGCUCAUCAUCUCGAUCCAAUCCAGAGAAAAUGGAUAUCUCACAACUUGCAAAGAAACUAGGUCUCUCAGAUUCAAAACAUAUAAUCCGUAAAGCCGAAGAACUUCGCCGUCUCAGCAACACUAAGUUUGAUUCAUCCGUAAUUGGAGUUGGCGAGAUCUGUAAAGCUGUGAUAUGUUUGGAGAUGGCUGCAACUAGCUUUCAGGCUUUAUUCGAUCGUCAAAUUGCGAUUAAGCUGAGUGGGAUGUCUGAAAAGGCAUAUACUAGAUCGUUCAACGCAAUGCAGAAUGGGAUAGGUGUUAAGAACAAGCUAGAUGUGAGAGAACUAGGGAUUCAAUUUGGCUGCGUGAGAUUAAUCCCUUUUGUUCAAAAGGGGUUAUCCAAGUACAAGGAGCGAUUUCUCGCCUCGUUGCCAGCUUCUCGACGUGCAGAUGCUGAUUUUACUCGGCCUGUUUUUACAGCAGUUGCCUUUUAUUUGUGUUCAAAAAGACAUAAGCUUAAAGUUGACAAGGUCAAGAUGAUUGACAUAAGUGGAACUAAUGAGAAUGAAUUCAAAAGUGUUUCAGCAUCCAUGGAGGACCUUUGCUUUGAUGUUUUCGGAAGCUCUAGGGAAAAGAAAGACCCAAAGGAUGUAAAAGGGCAUAGAGAAUUGCUUGAUGUAUUACCUGGCAAGAGGAAACAUGAGGAUGAUGGUGAUGUAUCUGAAGCUUCUUCCAUAGAUGAUGAAGAUGGACUUGAGCUUCCUAGCUACAAAAAGCGCAAAGUCAUGGAUAAACGCAAAUACGAAGAUUGUAAAUCUACUGUCAUUAAAUCUAACCGCCAAACAAAGACAGUUCCCACUAAGCAGAAGAUACAAGCUCAGCUUAACUUCGCUAAGAAAGCUUCAAACUCUAAGAGAAUCUCAGUAGAUUGGCCAGGACCACCAAAACCAAACGCGAGAGGUGAUCAUAUGUAACUUAUCAUUUUUGAUGUAUUUUCCAAACCAAAUCUAAACAUUAUUUAGCUUGAAUUUGAGCUGAGAGUCUCAGUUGCGGCAGCUACAUGAAACAUCAAAAAUUGGAUACUAUUUAUUUUUCAUCUUUGUUUUAAAUUUCACUUUGUUUUGAAGUUCACUCUUCAACUUAUACAUGUACAUUCUCAAAUUUUAUUGACAAUUGAAGCUACAAGAACUACUAAUGAGGUUUUCAAGGUAGCAUUAAGAGAUAGACAAACAGAAAACAGACAUUGGAGGCU